GUCAGAGAGACGGAGACAGACGUUCGUUGUGUUCGUACACUUCCAUUUGACUUUUCUGUUAUUUAUUCAUGUAUUAUUAGAUUGAUUCAUGUUUUGUUUAGCGCGUGCUUUGAAUGCAAAGACAGACAAAGACUCUCUACUACUUAUUUUAAAAAUAUUAAGAUGGCACUUUUUUGACCUGUGACCUACAUUUUGACUUUAGUUCUUACAUUCUACAGAGUUACAGAGCUAGUUUGAACUGAGAAUUUGUUGUAAAUGAGCACAGAAAGUUUAGAUUCACAGAGCUGUUCCUCUUCCUGGAGCGAUUCCAAGCUUCAUAACUCCUCCCCUCCUCUGUCUUCCUGCUCUCACACACAGCGAGCUCCUCUCUCUUGUGCACACAUAGUUCUUUGUUCCCUCCCCUUCAGAUCUACAGUUGACGUUGGGUGUAACCAGCAUGUGUCAAAGUGCAGGCUGCAUUCCCUGCAGACACACAUGCUGCUUAGAUCAGAGCUCAAACUAGUUUAGGCUCGAAGAAAGUGAAACUCAAGAGAGGUGUUGCCACCGAGCGGUAAAAUGUCUCACAAAGGAUUUCGGCUGGACCUGAAAACGUUCUCUUGUUCGCUCUGUCUGGAUCUGCUGAGGGAUCCGGUGACGACUGCCUGCGGACACAGCUACUGCAUGAACUGUAUUCACAGCUUCUGGGAUGAGGAGGAUGAGAAGAAAACCCACAGCUGCCCUCAGUGUGGGCAGACUUUCACAACAAGGCCUGUCCUGCUGAGAAGCACCGUGUUGGCGGUUUUAGCGGAGGAGCUGAAGAAGAUCGGACUCAAAGCUGCUCCUGCUGAUCACAGCAAUGCUGCACCUGAAGAUGUGGCCUGUGAUUUCUGCACUGGGAGGAAACUGAGAGCCAUCGAAUCCUGUCUGGUCUCUUACUGCGAGAAACACUGCAAGCCUCAUUACGAAUCUUCUGCUUUUGAGAAACACAAGUUUGUGGAGCCGUUCAGGAAGCUCCAGCAGAACAUCUGCCCUCGUCAUGAUGAGGUGAUGACGAUGUUCUGCCGUACUGAUCAGCAGUGUAUCUGUUAUCUCUGCUCUAACGAAGAACAUAAAGGCCACGACACAGUGUCAGCUGCAGUAGAGAGGACUGAGAGGCAGCGAGAGCUGGAGGGGAGUCGACACAACGUCCAGCAGAGAAUCCAGGACAGAGAGGAAGAUGUGAAGCUGCUUCAACAGGAGGUGGAGGCCAUCAAUCGCUCUGCUGAUGAAGCAGUGGAGGACAGUGAGAGGAUCUUCGCCGAGCUGAUCCGUCUCAUGGAGAAAAGACGCUCUGAUGUGAAGCGGCAGGUCAGAUCCCAGCAGGAAACUGAAGUGAGUCGAGUCAAAGAGCUUCAGGAGAAGCUGGAGCAGGAGAUCACUGAGCUGAAGAGGAAAGACGCUGAGCUGAAGAAGCUCUCACACACAGAGGAUCACAACCAGUUUCUACACAACUACCCCUCACUGUCAGCACUCAGUGAGUCUGCACACUUGUAUCUAAAUAUCCGUCACCUGAAGUACUUUGAGGACGUGACGGCUGCUGUGUCAGAGGUCAGAGACAAACUACAGGACGUCCUGAGAGAGAUGAGGACAAACAUCUCACUGACAGUGACUGAAGUGGAUGUUCUGCUGCCACAACCGGAGCCAAAGACCAGAGCUGGAUUCUUAAAAUAUGCACGUGAACUAACCCUGGAUCCAAACACCGCAUACACACAUCUGUUAUUAUCUGAAGGGGACAGAAAAGCAACAUUCAUGAGUCAAAAACAGUCUUAUUCUGAUCACCCAGACAGAUUCACUGUGUGGGAGCAGGUCCUGAGCCGAGAGAGUCUGACUGGACGCUGUUACUGGGAGGUGGAGAGGAGAGGAGGAGGAGUCGGCGUCGCAGUCGCAUACAAGAAUAUCAGCCGAGCAGGAAGCUCGAAUGAAUGUGGAUUUGGACACAAUGACAAAUCGUGGGCGAUGUAUUUUGACCAAAAAUGUUUUCAGUUCUGUUACGACGACAUCACAACGUCCUUCUCAGGUCCUCAGCCCUCCAGAGUUGGAGUGUACCUGGAUCACGGUGCAGGUAUUCUGUCCUUCUACAGCGUCUCUGAAACCGUGACUCUCCUCCACAGAGUCCACACCACAUUCACUCAGCCUCUCCAUGCUGGACUCAAUCCCUAUUUUAUCGGAGACACUGCUGAGUUCUGCAAACUCACGUAGACGGAAGUGAUUUAAACGCACGGUCAGUAAUUUUUGCCUCUAGCAGGGUGGCAGCGUGGGCUCAUGGGAGAUUUUGUCCUCAUUGUUUAACAACCGCCACUGCUGAUUCCAUGUAACUGGCAAAAAUGUUCACAGAUGGACAGUUUUAAAGUUUUAUUCAUUCUAAGGGUGUCUUCAGCGCUCUAUUACUAACUCAUUUUAUAUUUUAUUUAUAUGGCACCUUUCAAACCUAAAUUACAAAGUGCUUCAUAAAACUGAUAAGAGGUCAGUGCAGAGAUAGAAACCGGAAGAAUGAUGAGAAUUAAAGUUUUUCUGUGUCCCAACACACGAGACAAAAUAUGUUGUCAGCAAAACUCAAAGUGAUUUUCUUUAUUGUAACCCAAUAUAAGAAGAUGAAAGAUGUUGUUUCGUGUCUGUAUCUGUGUGGCUCCAUGUGUUGGUUCUUAUUCUAAAUUAAAAUGUUCUGGUGGCGUUUGUUAUUUGCUUUACUAAAUCUAAAAUC